AUGGCAACUAACUCCACUGUCCCCGGAGCAACGAACGGCACAACAUCGCACUAUAUCACUGUCCGCAACCAGACCUACCACUACCUGCACGCCCUCCCAAGCCCCGGCAUCACCCCCAAAGGCACCAUCCUCCUCUUCCACGGCCUGCCCGACUUCUCAUAUGGCUGGCGCCACGCUAUCUCCUUCCUCUCCUCCCUCGGCUAUCGUCUUCUCGUCCCCGACAUGCUCGGCGCAGCUCGCACGUCUGCCCCCUGCCCUAUCUCCCGCUACACCUUCAAGGAAAUGAGCGCUGACAUCGCGGCCAUCGUCGACGCUGUGCUUGGGCCUAACGCGCAGGUUAUUGUAGGCGGACACGACUGGGGCACUGGCGUGGCGUACAAGUUUCCUAUGUGGUACCCUGAAAAAACGAAAGCGCUAUUUGCGCUGAGCUACCCAUAUACACAGACUUAUUUUGGGCCGAAUGAACAGUGGGUGGAUUUGCAAGAGUUGGUGGACAGCGGCGUGUAUGAGACGUAUGGGUAUCAGCUGCAGUGGCGAGAUGUAUCGUUUGAUCGGAACUUCACGAGCAAGGAAGACAUCCGCACGUUGUUGACUGCGCUGAUUGGCGGGUCGACGGCUGAUGGGCGGUAUGCGGUCUCGGAAAAGUCAGGUAUCUUAUACGACGUGCUCCCGGAUAUUGCACCGGACUCAGGGUUCCUGAAGGGCGAAGAGUUAGAAAUCUACGUGGAUGCCAUAUCUCGAAAUGGGGUUAGAGGAGGCUGGAACUGGUACCGCACGAGACGGAUGAACUUUGAGGAUGAGCUGGAUGUUGCGAAGGCGGGUGGAUUCAGGUACAAGCUGCCAGCGCUUUUUAUCCCGAGCUUGCAGGAUACCACGGUGCUGCCGCGGUACUAUGAGGAGGAGAUGCGUGCAAGCUUUGACGAUUUGACCAUUGAGCCACUGAACAAGAGUCAUUGGUUGCUGGUGGAAGAUCCGCAAGGUGUGAACCAGGUCUUGGAGAAAUGGCUUGCGGAUCUAUAAUAGGCACAGCGUUGGGAGAUACGAAAUUAUUGGAUUCGUGCGACCGCUCGUAG